AUGUCUGAUGCUGCUGCUGCGGCGCCACCGGUGGACUCGUCCGCGCAGGUCUUCUUGCCCAUACUGGGCUUCGUCGUGGCCGAGCUCGCCAUCAACUGCAUCAUCGUUCUUUUGGUCCUCUUCGUUGUCGGGCUGCGGGUCGUCGGACGGCUUAUGGGACCUGGUCUUGGAUGGGAUGACUACUUCGUUAUUUUCUCAACGCCGCUGGGUGUAGCAAUGCUGUGCUGUCAAGGCCUCUUCGCGCCUGUUGGAAAUGGAUACAGACUCGCAGAUCACCAAGAGCUUAUGGUCAACGUACCUUUCAUUCUGAAGUUGACAUUCUGCAUGCAAAUCAUCUACGUCACCCUUCUCGCCGCUGUCAAAGCAAGUAUGCUUGCUUUCUUCAUCCGCGUCUUUCCAACCACCUUCAUGCAGAGAGCCUCCAAGAUCUCUCUCGCCUUUGUCGGAUUGUGGUGGAUUUCCUACCUCGGCGCUUGCAUUUUCCUUUGUUCACCGGUCCAGGCCCAGUGGGAGGCGCCUCUUACUUGCGGAGGUCAAUACAUGCCCAUGAUCCAGUCGUUGAUUGCCACCAACGCUGUUGGCGAUUUGAUCAUUAUGGCUUUACCCAUGCACAGCGUCUGGGGCUUAAAGACAAGACGUGCAGAGAAGAUCGGUAUCACCUCUUGUUUCGCUCUCGGUCUUGCCUGCGUCGUCUGCGCCGUCUUCCGACUCAUCUACAUCUCGAGCGUCGAGCUCGACACCAACAUCACCGGAACCAUGCCCACGACCAUCUUCCUCUUCAUCCUCGAACCCAAUCUGGCCAUCCUCUGCGUCAGCAUUCCCAUGCUGCGCCCUUUCUACGCCAAGUACAAGAAGCGAAUGGGCGGUUCCCGCCUCGACGAAUACUCCAACUCUCGAAGCACCGGAUUUCGCGACCAGAGCCGAACGGGCGCCAGCAGCGCAGCCCCCCCUCCUGAGGUCAUCCGCGACCCCAAUCUGUCAAGCUGGGAGAUGGACGACUACCGCCCCCAAGACAAGCUCCAGCACGGAUACAGCGUCUCAGGAUUCCCUGACGAGUCAGGGUCGGAAAAGAACUUGACUGUCGGAUCGUCUGAGGAUCGCAACAACGCGAUCAACGUCGAGACUCGAUGGACGGUGACACACUCUCGAAAGGCGUAG